UCUGUCUGCCAGGCAGCCCGAUCGUUUCGUCAGGCAGACUAGAUGGCCGGGCGUAGAUGGAAACCGCCUAUUCUUCGGGUUCUAGAAGCCAGUCUCUCGCACGUCUUCGGGCUCGAAAGCAGUCGCUCAACAUCGCUCCAGUAGACAGGACCAUACACUGGAUACGAUGAUCGGCUCAACCCUCACCAGUGUGUGCUGCGUUAUGGUGGCGGUUUUGGCAGCUGCAGCUUGUCUGGACGUCCCAAAGGUGCGACUCAGUUCCGGCGGGGACAUUCCUAUUGUCGGCCUCGGUACCCGGCAGGCGAACUACGAGGGGGAGCUGGAGACUGCUCUGGACGCAGCGCUGCAGAGCGGCUACCGGCACAUUGAUACGGCCACCAUCCACAAGAACGAGCACACGAUUGGCAAAGUGCUUAACAAGUGGUUCAAGGAAGGCAAGAUCAAGCGCGAGGACUUGUUCGUCACCACGAAGCUCCCCGUGUACGGCAUGCGGCCUGCUGAUGUGCCCGUCUUCCUGAACCAGUCGUUGACCAAGCUGCAGCUAGACUACGUAGACCUGUACCUCAUCCACAUGCCCUUUGCUGUGAAGCGAGAGGCGCAUGACAAUGGUAUCAUAACUGAGGACAGCAUCGACAAAACCACGGAUCACCUCGCCAUCUGGAAGGCAAUGGAGGCCGAGCACUAUGCGGGCCGCGCGAAGGCUCUGGGGGUCUCCAACUUCAACGAAACGCAGAUCGAGCGAUUACUCAAGCACGGCGCCAUCCCACCAGCGAACCUGCAGAUCGAACUGCACCUGUACCACCAGCAGCGCCCCGUCGUGGACUUCUGCAAGAAGAACGGCGUGUCUGUGACGGCCUACGCGCCACUCGGAAGCCCCAGCUAUAGGUGGCUCUCGCCUAUCUCCGGCAAGGAGCUACCAGACUUACUGGAGCUCACCGAGGUCAACAAAAUCGCCACCAAACACAACAAGACAAGCGCGCAGAUCCUUCUGCGGCACACGGUGCAAAGGGGCAUCAUUGUCAUUCCCAAGAGCUUCAAGCCGGACCGCAUCAGGCAGAACAUUGACAUUUUGGACUUUACUCUCGACGACAGUGAAAUGGCCGAGCUUGAUGCUCUCGACAAAGGAUUGGACGGCAAACGCUUCGUUAUGAAGCACAUUGAAGGAUUGUGGAAGCACCCGGAGUACCCCUGGACCGCCCUGUUGAACUCGACUGAAGAACGACCAAAAUCCUCAAACUAACAACGUUCGUGUGAUGCACAUUGCACGAGCCAAAAUAAGCCCUCAGCACUCAGGGCGAUCCGAAAGAAGUCCGGUCGCAACCGGACAGCCCGAAGACUGACCGAAAUAAGUCCGAUGGGAACCGGACAGCUGGAAGACAGUCCGAGUCCGAGGGGCGACUAUCAUCUUGUGUCGACACGGCAUGGUCGCGGGCUGUCCGAGCAUGUUUUCUUGACUUUCAUAUUUCUUAUAAAAAAUAAUUAAUAAUUGAAUCCAAGCAGCUAUACAGGGUGGGUGAUCCACAUCCGCGCCGUGUUUUUCUGCUUAUACUGUACCGUAUGCAGGCGUGCGGGCGGGCUUGCCUACCCUAGUAGCACAGAACUGUCGCCCGACUGUCGGCCAUCAGUCGAAAAAGUGAUACGGACUAUCAGUGCGAUAUACGUAAUAAGAAAAACGAACAACGAAAAUCUUAACCCAAAGUCCUUAGUCCUUAAUCCAAAACGAUGGCUCCCUGCAAAAGCAUACUUUCUGUACGAUACGCGUCUAAAACAUACGUUAUGUACGAUACGUGUCUAAAACAUACUAUCCGUUUUGAGCUUUUUUGGCAAGCAUAUUUUUGAUAGCCCAUUUACCAGAUUUCCACGCAAAAAUUUAUUGUUUUGCUGGGUGGAAUACAAAGAGGGAAGAUCGAAAUUUCACCUGAUACCGAGAAAUGAAUGUUUAAUAACUUUCUUCCAUUCCCAAACGGCUGCCGAAAAUAUGCUACCGAAAACCGCCGAAAACGGAUAGUAGGUUUUAGAGACGUACCGUAUAGAUCGUAUGGUUUAGACGCGUACCGUGCAGAACGUAUGCUUUAGCAAGGAGCCGUCGCAAAGACGACUGGGCAGCGCGCUUCAGACUGUGCCACAAACUCACAGGAAAUGUGCACAGUGUGGUAAAGAACAUCGAGUCUUCAAAUCGUGCGAGAGAGGAUUCUGAACACUUACAUUUUAAAACCAAAUUUUAAAAUACGAUCAAUUCCUAUUUAGUACUUGAAAUUAGGCGCAUUCAACAGUAACCAUUACAACGACGAUUUAAUUCAAACACAUUACGAAGCUUGUAUUAUACAAAAGAUUAUAAAGGAAUGUAAACAUUAUUUUUGAGAUUUAAUAAAAGGAUGUGGUACGAA